AUGGCGAACCUCUCCGUCCUACGGCCAGCUCUGGCCUACAACCUGUGCUCUUCCCGCGCUUCCGGUCGGCUCGCCGUCCCCCGCGCGUGGCGGAAUGGUCUAGCAGAUGUAGCACAGGCUUCUCUCGUCGCCAUUGGGGCACCGCGCAAGUGGCAAUCCAGCCACGCGCGAGCCUGCCGCCAGACGAAAGCUCUCGUCCCGGCCGUUGGCCCCCGCCCCCUACAGCUCAUCCGCCAUGCGUCGGUCGCCUCGGCGGGCUCCAGCUCCGGCUCCGUCUUGGGCCCGUUGACCACGCCGGCGGCGACCUACUCCACAGUCGCAGAACCGCAGUCCGUCCCAUACGCGCAGCUCACCGUCGGCGUACCAAAGGAAAUCUACCUCAAUGAGCGACGUGUCGCGCUGACCCCGCAAAACGCAGCCCUCCUGCUCAAAAAGGGCUUCGCCAAGGUCCUCGUGGAGCGCGGUGCCGGCGCCGAGGCCGACUUCCCCGACGAGGCCUACGACCGCGCCGGCGCGACACUUGUCGACAGGCCCGAGCAGGUUUGGUCCGGCGCCGAUGUCGUGCUCAAAGUCCGAAGCCCGAUCCCGUCCGAGAUCGACCUCAUGAAGGAGCACCAGACCGUCAUCUCGUUCCUGCAGCCCGCGCAAAAUAAGCCGCUCGUCGAAAAGCUCGCGGCGCAAAAGGCCACCUCCUUCGCCAUGGACCUCAUCCCGCGCAUCUCCCGCGCCCAGGUUUUCGACGCGCUCAGCUCCAUGGCCAACAUUGCCGGCUACAAGGCCGUCCUCGAGGCCUCUAACAACUUUGGUCGCUUCCUGACCGGUCAGGUCACGGCCGCCGGCAAGAUCCCACCCUGCAAAGUUCUCGUCAUCGGCGCUGGCGUCGCGGGUCUCAGUGCCAUUGCGACCGCACGGAGGCUCGGGGCCAUUGUCAGAGGCUUCGACACGCGACCCGCAGCCCGUGAGCAGGUGCAGUCGCUCGGCGCCGAGUUCAUCGAGGUGGACGUCAAGGAGGACGGUUCAGGCGCCGGCGGGUACGCCAAGGAGAUGUCCAAGGAGUUCAUCGAGGCCGAGAUGAAGCUCUUUUACGAACAGGCGUGUGAGGUCGAUAUCAUUGUCACCACGGCGUUGAUCCCGGGCAAACCCGCGCCGAAGCUCAUUACCAAGUCGAUGCUCGAGGCCAUGAAGCCCGGUUCCGUCGUCGUUGAUCUAGCGGCCGAGGCUGGCGGCAACUGCGAAAAAACCAAACCUGGCGAGCUUUACGUGUACAAGGACGUCAAGAUCAUUGGCUACACCGAUCUCCCCUCCAGGCUGCCGACACAGUCCUCGACAUUGUACUCGAACAACGUGACCAAAUUCCUUCUCUCCAUGGCGCCAAAGGACAAGGAAUUCGGCAUCGAUCUCACUGACGAGGUCGUGCGAGGCGCCGUCGUUACGCUAAAGGGCGACGUUCUCCCGCCGCCGCCCCGAAAAGCCCCUCCCCCAGCGCCGCCGCCACCGCCGACCGUUAUGCCGGAAGCCGAGGCCGUGGCUCUCACCCCCUUCCAGAAGACGUCCCGCGAGGUCGCCACCGUCACGGCCGGAAUGGGAACCGCGCUGGCUCUGGGCAAGAUGACUGGUCCCCUGUUCAUGGGCAACGCCUUUACCUUUGCCCUGGCCUCCUUGAUCGGCUACCGCGUCGUCUGGGGAGUCACGCCCGCCCUUCACUCGCCCCUCAUGAGCGUCACCAACGCCAUCUCGGGCAUGGUCGGAAUCGGUGGUCUCUUCAUCCUAGGCGGAGGCUACCUCCCCCAGACGAUCCCACAAGCCCUGGGCGCGGCAUCAGUCCUCCUCGCCUUCGUAAAUGUCUCUGGCGGCUUUGUCCUCACAAAGCGGAUGCUCGACAUGUUCAAGCGACCGACCGACCCGCCCGAAUACCCCUGGCUGUACGCCGUACCCGCGGCCCUCUUCGGCGGCGGAUACAUCGCCGCGGCCGCCACCGGCGCCGCAGGCCUUGUGCAGGCCGGUUACGCCGUCAGUUCCGUCCUCUGCAUCAGCUCCCUCUCCAGCCUGGCCUCGCAGGCAACGGCCCGCAUGGGCAACAUGCUCGGCAUGCUCGGCGUCGGCUCCGGCGUGUUGGCUUCCUUACUUGCCGUCGGCUUCUCCCCUGAGGUUCUGACCCAGUUCGCCGGUCUCGCGGCCCUGGGAAGCGUCGCGGGCAUCCUCAUCGGCAAGCGCAUCACGCCUACGGACCUCCCGCAGACCGUUGCCGCACUCCACUCCGUCGUUGGCCUCGCCGCCGUGCUGACCUCCAUCGGCAGCGUCAUGGCGCACAUUGACGACAUUUCCACGCUGCACCUCGUCACGGGCUACCUCGGCGUGCUGAUUGGCGGCAUCACCUUCACGGGCUCCAUCGUCGCCUUCCUCAAACUCGCGGGCAAAAUGUCCUCCAAGCCCCUCGUCCUCCCUGGAAAACACAUCCUCAACUCGAGCAUGCUCGCCGCCAACAUUGGCACCAUGGGCGCCUUUGUGACCCUCGCGCCCGGCUCGCCCAUGAUCGCUGCCAUGGCCCUCUCGGCCAACACCAUACUCUCCUUUGCAAAGGGGUACACCACCACGGCGGCCAUUGGCGGCGCGGACAUGCCCGUUGUCAUUACCGUCCUCAACGCCUACUCGGGCUUCGCGCUCGUGGCCGAGGGCUUCAUGCUCGACAACCCGCUCCUCACGACUGUCGGCGCGCUCAUUGGCGUCUCGGGCUCCAUUCUCUCGUACAUCAUGUGCGUGGCCAUGAACAGGUCUCUGACCAACGUUCUCUUUGGCGGCAUAUCCACCCCGACGGCACAAACAGACUACAAGAUGGAAGGCGUCGUGACGCAGACAAACGUCGAGGACACGGCCGAGGCGCUCGUCAACGCGGAGAACGUCAUCAUCGUCGUGGGGUACGGCAUGGCCGUCGCGAAAGCGCAGUACGCCAUCAGCGAGAUCACGGGCAUGCUCCGGUCCAAGGGCAUCAACGUCCGCUUCGCCAUCCACCCCGUGGCCGGCCGCAUGCCGGGCCAGUGCAAUGUGCUCCUGGCCGAGGCGAGCGUGCCGUACGACAUUGUUCUCGAAAUGGACGAGAUCAACGACGACUUUGGCGAGACGGACGUCACGCUCGUCAUUGGCGCCAAUGAUACCGUCAAUCCCAUUGCUCUCGAGCCUGGGAGCCCGAUUGCCGGUAUGCCCGUGCUCCAGGCGUGGAAGAGCAAGCAGGUCAUUGUGAUGAAGAGGGGCAUGGCCAGCGGCUAUGCCGACGUACCGAAUCCCAUGUUCUACAUGCCCGGAACGCGCAUGUUGUUUGGAGACGCCAAAGUGACUUGCGACGCGAUCAAAGCAGCCGUCGAGACCCGAGCAACAUAG